UCUAGUAUGGCUUAGGUACAGAAGCCAGAUAGUCGCAGGAUGUGGAGGAUAAGGUGCUUAAUCCUGCCGAGCUUAAUGCUGAGUUUAAUGGGGCAGACGGUACAGGGCGCCUCACACCAGUGCAAAUCGACCGAAAUUCUAUCGGAGAAUGGCUGCGUGGAUCGGGAAUACUUCCUGAACCGAAUCAUCUUGAGAUCCUGGAAGGAUCAGGGCUUCCAGAAGGCCAAGGCGCGGGCUGGUCUGCUGGAUGAAAUGAAGUGCAAGGAGAACGAGAUCAGGACGCCCUUUGGCUGCUCCAAGCCACCAUUUCCUCCUCGCCGGGAAUCGGAGCGCGUGGAGGUGCACCACAGCAGACUGGAACACAACCAGGUGGUGCACGAUGGCGCGGGUUUCAAGGAACACCACCCAGAUCAACUAGAAGAGAAGAAACCCGUUCGAAGGCGCAGAAAACGGGAACCCGGACUGCCGAUAACUGGACACAAUCGUCCACGCUCCUACGUUUUCUUGCCGGGAAGAACUCGAACGAGGCGACACAAGUGCCGAGCGAAUGAGGUCCUUGGAAGAAGGAGUCGCUGCAUCAAAAAGAGGCGUGCAACCCGGCAUCAUAAAAAUAAGGAGAAGACUGAAGAAACCGCCACAACAGCUCAUUCAUAA